AAACUUAAUGCGCAGUCAGAGCGCUGGAGGAAGUUAUUAAUGUCUAGUUUUGUUGAAGGAUGUAAGAGCUGCAGGAGCUGUUAUAAGGUGAAUAAUAACCUGAUUUUAAUGUGUGUCAACAGGUUGGUAAACCGAUGAAGCGACUCGUUCACUCGUGGGCUGUUUAAUCAUUCUAGAGAAAUGACAGACGUGCGAUGUAGAAAACCGUGUGAGAAGGACGAGGCAGUGUCUGAUGUGCACCAAGGUAGCAGAAUAGAAGGUGUUGUGAAGGAUGAAGAUGGAGCUGAUGGUCUGGGAUCAGACACGGCACCUGCUGGUAAAGAAGACACGGAGAGCCGAGCAGCUGAGGACGCAGAUGCAGACGCAGACGCAGACGAGGCGAGAGCAGACGCAGGCCAGACGGAGUCUCCGUCUCCCGCUGCAGAGGAGGAGAAGAAGGAAGAGCAGGACUCCAACUCCAGCAAGACAACAAACAAGAGCAGUAAAACUGUGAUGUUUCAGAGGUUAGCGAAGCUCUUUAUCGGUUGUCUAGCAGCUGUGACCUGUGGGAUGAUGUACGCCGUGUACCUGAGCACGUACCACGAGAGGAAGUUCUGGUUCUCCACUCGGCAGGAGCUGGAGAGAGAGAUCACCUUCCAGGGAGGCAGCGGUCUUUAUUACUACUACUACAAACACAUGCUGUUCGCCUCGUCCUUCGAGAAGGGUGUGCACGAGCUGAUGCGAGAUAACAGGACAGUAUCUGGUCAGACCAUUAAUGCAGUGGAGCAGCUGUCUCUCUACCCCGAGCUCCUCAGCAGCCUGCUCUACAAACUGAGUGGCAGUCAGGACUCCAUCGAGCCGGUUUAUUUCUACAUCGGCGUGGUGUUUGCGCUGCAGGCUGUCUUUGUGACGGCUCUGUUUAUCUGCAGCUGGGUGAUGAGUGGCACUUGGGUGGCUGGGAUGCUGGCAGUGGCCUGGUUCAUCAUUAACAGGCCUGACACGACUAAAGUGGACUAUGCUAUUCCUCUGAGAGAUAACUGGGCUCUCCCUUACUUCUCCUGCCAAGUAGCUGCUUUAACUGGCUUCCUGAGCAACAACAUCAGCUCUUCUAUGGAGAUGUUCUGUUACCUGCUGAUGAGUGUGACGACGUUCACCUUCAUAGUGAUGUGGGAGCACAGCCACUACAUACUGUUUAUACAGGGACUUGCGCUCUUACUGCUGGACUGCUUCGAUCUCGUACCAGCACGCAAGACAGCAGAUGUCCAUAAAGUGUAUCUGAGCUCUUUGUUCCUGGCGUAUGUUGUGCAGUAUCAGAAGGCCAGCCUACUUUCCUGUCCCCUCCUCAGUCUGCUGGUAGCCAACAUGCUGGCCAAAUACCUGCAGCAAAAACUGAAGAUGGGCCCGCUGGUAGCGAGACUGAUGAAGAUUGUGCUACACCUUUACUUAGUCUUCACUGCAAGCAUCACCUACAACUACCUGAUCAAGAGAAUUUUUCCAGUCAAUCAGAGUGACUUCAUCUUGAAGUUCCUGGAAAUCAGGUUUGGCUUAAACUCGACAACAGAGUUUAUCCCCAACCUGCUGCUAUGUGACGAUGGUUUCCAGGCUCCGGGCCAGGACUUCUUCCUGCGUCUCACUCACACUUCUGUCCUGCCUUUUUAUUUGCUCGUGCUGGUCAUCUGCUUGCUGUCAAUCAUGCAGACCAUCUACAGGAGACUCAGUGGUGAGAGAGCGAUGGGCAGCGUGCAGAUGGAGGACGGGCGGAUCGGGGAGCGACCGGAGGUGAUCUACCACGUGUUCCACACAAUGCUGUUCGGAGCUCUGGCCAUGCUGUUUCAGGGGUUAAAGUAUCUUUGGACCCCAUACGUGUGUAUGUUCACUGCAUUUGGUGUGUGUUCACCAGAUCUCUGGAUGACUGUCUUAAGAUGGGUCAGACUCAAGUCUGUCCAUCCUGUAGUGCUGGCACUCAUCCUGAGCACCGCCGUGCCGACCAUCAUCGGCUUCAGCUUAUGGAGAGAGUAUUUCCCACGCGUACUGACAGAGCUUACAGAGGUUCAGGAGUUUUAUGAUCCUGAUACAGUGGAGCUCAUGAACUGGAUUAGGAGUCAGGCUCCGCUCUCGGCCGUGUUCGCCGCGAGUCCUGCGCUGUCUGGAACGUUGAAGGUGUGUACGGGAUGGCCGGUUGCCAGUCUCCCGCUCUACGCAGACCUCAGCCUGCUGCAGAGAACAGAGAGUACGUAUCAGGUGUAUGCCAUGCGCUCUGCCGAAGAUGUCUAUAAGCUGCUGACAGCUCAGAAGUCAAGUUACGUCAUCAUCGAAGAGGAGCUGUGUAACGAGAUGAGUCCCGACAGAAGCUGCAGAAUCAAAGACCUGCUCGACUACGCAAACGGCCACGUGGUGUAUGACCAAGGGGAAAUGUACACUUUUUCCAAGCACGGGCGAUUCUGUCACCAGAUAAAAAUGAACUACUCUCCAUACACCAACUACUUCACACGAGUUUUCUGGAACCGCUCCUACCAUGUCUACAAAGUCAACUCGGUCAUCUCCUUCCAGUACUGACAUCUGCUGUCAUCAGUGCUGAAGAUCACAGUCAACUCCAAGCAAAUCCUCUUCCAGGAACCAAAUCAACUCCAUCAGUUCCUUCCAAACUCAAUGUCUGCACAGUCAACUCCAUGCCUUCAUUACCUUUUAUUCUCAAUGUCUAACACUCGCUAAUACUAUUUUCUAUAUUGUCAACACUGUUUUUUCUUCCGGUUUCCACAGCUAGCGAAUCAAAUCAGCCGUUCACUUGCAAUCCCAAUGUCUACGGUCAAGUCUGCCAUCCCCUUCCAAUUCCAUAUCUACAGUCGACUCCACAAUCCCCUUCCGAUCCCAACGUUUACAGUCAAGUCCGUCAUCCCCUUCUAAUCCCAAUAUCUGCAGCCAACUCGUCAUUCCCUUCCAAUCCCAAUGUCUACAGUCAACUCCACCAUAUCCUUCCAAUCCCAAUGUCUACAGUCAAGUCCGUCAUCCCCUUCUAAUCCCAAUGUCCCCAUGUCUACAGUCAUGUCCAUCAUCCCCUUCUAAUCCCAAUGUCCCCAUGUCUACAGUCAUGUCCAUCAUCCCCUUCUAAUCCCAAUGUCCCCAUGUCUACAGUCAUGUCCAUCAUCCCCUUCUAAUCCCAAUGUCCCCAUGUCUACAGUAAUGUCCGUCAUCCCCUUCUAAUCCCAAUGUCCCCAUGUCUACAGUCAUGUCCGUCAUCCCCUUCUAAUCCCAAUGUCCCCAUGUCUACAGUAGACUCCACCAUCUCGCAGUGUCCAAUCCCAGUGUCUACAGCCAACUCCGUCAUUCCCUUCCAGUUCCAAUAUCUACAGUCAGCUUCUUCAUCCCCAUCCAUUCUUAAUGUCUACAGUCAAUUCUGUCAUCCGGUAUGUUGGAGCAACACUGUAUGUCUUCACUUUAUUUCUUUUCUCCUUCACCACUCCUGAGCUAGCGCUGUGUUACUGAUCUGCUGAACCCCCAUACUAUUGGAUUGGAGAACGGAUUGUAAAUGGUUCUUACAUCAUCUUGCAGUUAUGCACAAUGACCUUUAGUACCGCGUUGUGUGUGGAUGUGUGUGUGUGUGUGUGUAUAUGUGUGUGUGUCACAGAUCUGUUCAGGGAUCCAGUCACAGGACCUGUUCAGCAUCUAAACUGCUGCCUCUGAGCUAUUGGUGGUGAAUACACAGCCCUGUGGUGGCAGUGUUCGAAAGCUUUUUGCUGCUGUCAGGAUAUGAAAAGACCUUCCAGAAAGGAGUUGCGUCGUCGGAGGGAAUCGUGGGUGGUGCAGGCCGGCUCUGUGACUGCCUAAUCGUUGGAAUUUGCAUACGCUUUUCUUUUGUAAACACUGCAUCAUGUCAUAUGCCUUUUGAAAGAGAAGGAACUUGCUAAGCUCUGGCUGAUAAUGUUGUCCAAGUGUUAAAAACCUGUACGUUAACCUGAUACCACUUUUAUUUUUAUUUCCUUCUUCUGUUAUAACAACUUUGCUCAGCAUCUCGAUAGAACCAUCGUGACCAUGCAGACGUUUUAUUUUCUGACUGAUACAUUACAAGUGCAUAUAACUUAUUUGUACUGUACCGUCCAUCCACCAACUGAUGGAUAGAACUUAUUUAAAGGAAGUCUAAUGGCACUUUCAUCAAUAAACGGAGAAGUGGAUCAGUGGUUAAAGCUCUGGGUAAAACUGCUGAUCUUAUACAUGAAUGAAAAUCAGUAUAAAUAUGUGAUCGAAUAAUUACAUCCAUAACUUCAGCCAUUACAUUAGAUGUUUUCUUGUUACGUAAAACUUCUCAUCUCAGCAAGUAUGAAUUAUGCAGAUUUGUUUGCAAACGUCUUAAAGCAAUUACCUUUAAACGUGUUAUUUCGUCUAAACAUAUCGACACCCCUUCUUCUGCCAUUAGGCUUCCUUAUACGCAAGUUUGUAGUUUUUUUUCUGUUUUGAUUUUAUCUAUGUAAGUUGUGAUAACUGUGGUUAAUGGAGCUCGGGUUAAAAGCAAGAGUAACUAGUAGUAGUUCAGUACAGCAGCCAACAUUUCAAUGCAAUUUCAUUAAGAGUCAUUUCAACGUGAUCUGAUGCAAUAUAGUGUGAUGUAGUAUUUUCUUACAGAAAAAAAAAGUGUUGGAAAACUCUGUGCUUGUUGGAAAAAGCAUUGACGCUUAAAUGCCAUGUCUGUCUUGAAUAUGGUGCAAAUAGUUGACAGUUGCUGCUGUUGCAUUUAGUUUGUGUCUUCCUAUAACUUAUGCUAAUACACACCGAUGAAUUGUUUGAACA